AUGGUAGACGUCAGCAAGUGGCCCCUGUUCACGGUGCUGAGCAGCGAGGAGCGAGCCGCGGUCCGACAGGCCUGCGUCUUCGGGACGUCGGCCAACGAAGCCAUCUACGUCACUCGUGCGAACGAGAUGUUUGCGUUCGGCUUGAACUGCAGCGGCUGCCUUGGAACUGGAGACGGCGCGAGCGCCAUUGUGCCCAAGAGACUGGACUUCCUGAGGAGAAAGAAGGUGGUCAGUUUCAGCUACGGCAGCGGACCUCAUGUGUUGUUAGCCACAGAAGGCGGUCAUCUGUUCGCCUGGGGGCACAACGGUUACAGCCAGCUGGGGAACGGCUCCACCAACUCCAGCCUCUCCCCGGUGUCCAUCACGGCCAACCUGCAGAACCUGAAAGUGACCGAGGUGGCAUGCGGCUCGCACCAUUCUCUAGCUCUCACUCUGGAGGGAGACGUUUUUGCGUGGGGGUAUAAUAACUGUGGCCAGGUGGGCUGCGGCUCCACAGCCAACCAGCCGUACCCCAGGAAGGUCACCGGCUGCCUGCAGGGGAAGACCGCAGUGGGCGUCUCGUGUGGACAGACCUCCUCCAUCGCUCUGGUGGACAACGGCGAGGUUUACAGCUGGGGCUCCAACGGGAAUGGGCAGCUAGGUAUUGGGACUAAUGGAAACCAGCUGUGUCCUUGCCGCCUUGCUGAGCUCCAAGGGAAGUGCAUUCAGCAGGUCGUCGCGGGCUACGCACACUGCCUGGCGCUGACGGAUGAAGGGCUGCUGUACGCCUGGGGAGCAAACGCUUAUGGGCAACUGGGAACCGGCAGCAAGAGCAACCACCUGAGUCCUGUGCAGAUCAUGGCCGACAAGGAGAGGGUCGUGGAAGCUGCAGCCUGCCACUCUGCGCACACUUCUGCAGCCAAGACGCAGAGCGGAAAGGUGUACAUGUGGGGUCAUUGUCGGGGCCAGCCCGUCGCCCUGCCCCACCUGACGCACUUCAGCACCACCGACGACGUCUUCGCCUGCUUCGCCACGCCCUCUGUGAUGUGGCGCCUCCUGUCCGUGGGGACGAGCGGUGAAGCGUCUCAUUUUAUUUCAGAGCACGAUGACUUCGUGACGGUGUCCAGGGCUCUCAGGAAGGAGUUCGACAGCCCAGAUACGGCGGAUUUGACAUUCAGCGUCGAUGGAAAAUGCAUUCACGUUCACAAAGCCGUGCUGAAAAUAAGGUGCGAGCACUUUCGCUCGAUGUUCCGCUCCCAGUGGAGCGAGGAUCAGCAGACCGUGAUCGAGAUCGUCCAGUUCUCGUACCCCGUCUACAGAUCCUUCCUGCAGUUCCUCUACACCGACGCCGUCGACCUGCCGCCCGAGGACGCCAUUGGCUUGUUGGAUCUGGCCACGUCUUACUGUGAGACCCGCCUGAAGCGUCUGUGUCAGCAGAUCAUCAAGAGGGGCAUCACCGUAGAAAACGCCUUCACCUUGCUGUCCGCAGCCAUACGAUACGAUGCAGAGGACCUUGAGGAGUUCUGCUUUAGGUUUUGUGUGAACCAUCUGACUCAGGUGACCCAGACCGCCGCUUUCUGGCAGGUCGACGGAGCUCUGCUGAAGGAGUUCAUCGGCAGGGCCAGCCGCUGCGGCGCCUUCAAGAACUGAACCGGACCAGCUGGACUGGGUGGACGGACGCAGCUCGUUUAGUUUGUUUCUUGAGACACCUGACAGGUUGAACUGAACGUUGAUCUUCUAUCUGUGGUUUGGUUUCAGCACUUUGGCCAUUUCCUGUGGAGUCGGAUGAUUAUUUAAACAUUUUAGUUUUUCUUGGCCAGUUUUUACCUUCCUCUAUGCAGAUGAUGCAGUCUUUUAUUUUUACUGA